AGGUUCGAGCAUGAGAAGCAUCAGUCCAGAGCAGUGACCGAUGCUGAGAGAUCACCUGGAGAAACGAGAUUUAACGCAAACAUCCCGAACUCAACAGGCACAGAGUGGAGCCCAUGGCAGAGGGAGGGUGUACGAAAACCGAGGAGGAGGAGGGGCAGGCCGCCGAGGAAGACCCUCAGUCCUACCAUGGUGUGGGUGUAUGCAAGUGGUUCAAUGUUCGGAUGGGUUUUGGAUUCUUAUCUAUGACCAGACGAGACGGCGUGCCUUUAGAAACUCCAGUUGACGUGUUUGUCCAUCAGAGUAAACUGCACAUGGAGGGUUUCCGCAGUCUGAAGGAGGGCGAGGCGGUCGAGUUCACGUUCAAGAAGUCCUCCAAGGGUCUCGAGUCUCUGCGGGUGACGGGUCCCGGAGGAGCUCACUGUGUGGGCAGUGAGAGGAGACCCAAAGGCAAGAGCGUCCCGAAACGCAGAGCCAAAGGAGACAGGUGUUACAACUGUGGCGGUCUGGACCAUCAUGCCAAAGAGUGCAAGUUGCCUCCACAACCCAAAAGAUGCCAUUUCUGCCAAAGUGUAGCGCACAUGGUCGCCAACUGUCCCGCCAAAGCCCAGCAGUCGCCGCAGGGGACAUCUGCGGGUCCCAACCUGGAGGAGGAGGAGCACAGCCGUUCCCCAACACCCACCAACUGAGAAAAUCACUAUACUGGAAAAAACAAAUGCAUAAUGCUGCUGUUGGAACUUCCUCAGGUCUAUAAAAGCAAAGAAGAAAGUCACUUUUGUUAGCGGUCUAGCACUCAGGAAUAGAGUUGCUCUCAGGAAUUUCAGUGUUUGGUUGUAUUGGUCUCAUGAAGUGAGCUUCCUCGUCUAGAGUUGGCGAUUGGUAUAAACGACUUGUUCUUACAGAUGAUUGACUGAUUUGAAUGUUUCUGGUAUUUCUUGAUGCUUUUAUGAAAAUGUUUUGGUGGUGGGUUUGGCGAUUUGCCAAUUUUUUGCAAUAGACUGUCCUGAUCACCAGGGACCAAAUGAAUGUUAAACCCGCUCUCGCAAACCAGCGGCUCUUUUUACGUGUGUCCAAAUCUGUCACCAGUGAUCUGUGGUUAUUAUCUUUAAAACAAUAACACGCUCUAUAUUAGACAUGAAAGUAAAUAAUCAAUCACACUUUUAUCUCUAAGCUUCAGUCCACAGUCAAAUCUCGUCUUAAAUGCUGCUGAUCUGUAUGUUUGCUAGCGAUAUAUUUUGUUAUUUGUCCUUGACAAUUGGCCUCAGGGGUUUUCUUGGAGAGAAACAAGUUAUUCUUCUGAACAAAUGUUGCCCGUUGAAGACAUUGGCUCCGUUUUCAAGCUGCCUGUAUUGUUUCGGCAUGUAUUUAACAGCCUUUUACUCCCAUUUUACAGGAGGAGCUGAAAGACUUUAAAGCAUAUUUAAUAUAUAGAUAUAUGCAUACUGUUUAUGUAAUCCAGUUAUUAUCCUUUACUUAUAGUAUUUAUUUUUAGCAACGUGUUCUGCAUCUUCUCCACAAUGUAAAAGAGACUCUGGCUCCGAUAUACCUCAAGUUUCUCAGUGUUAUUUCCGAAAUACCUCAACCAUCAUGUGAUAUUGGCGAGCGGAGCUUUACUUGCGUACGGUUGUUUUCGUCGCACUGAUUUCUUGCUCUUUGCGGUUUAUUUUGUGAUUUAAGACGGCACUGCAAUCAGCCCGUUAAAUCCUCAGUCGCUUUUUGACCUAUGAAUGCCUUUUACGUUAGCUGUGUUGAAUCAUGACUCUGAACUCAGGGAGCGUAUCAAGCAUGAUUUCACACAGAGUGAGAAGAAUGAUAUUAUUUUAUUAUAGUCCCAUACCAUCAUGAUUAACUUUCUGAGAUUUGUGGCUCGAAAGGGAAUGUAAAUCCUAACGAAUGCUGUGGUCGCCUCUCACAUAAACUGGAAACAGUGACGUUAUCUAAUCCAUUCCUUUAUGCAAUUAUAUUUGAGUUCUUGUUUUUAUCGUAUUUAAUAAAAUAAGGUAUCAUACGAUGUUUUGCACCAUUUAGAUGUGGUAAUGCUGUUUUUGACUAUCCUGUUGAACUUGGGAAUCACUUCUUGAACAUUUGAAUGUAAUGUGAACGUUUUCAAUGGUUUUUGUCAUUCAAUAAAUUUAGUGAAAUGUGAGAAUA